AUGUACAUGCAGUGGGUACUGUGCGACUGGAGCGACGAAUCAUGUGUGAAGAUACUGAAGCAAGCCAAGGAAGCGGUGACGAGCAGCAACGGUGGGGGAAAGGGAAAGGUGAUGAUAGUAGAAAUGGUGGCAGGGCACCAGAGCUGCAGCGAUCGCGAAGCGACUGGAACACUCUUGUAUCUUGACAUGGUAAUUAUGAUGACUGUUGAGGGUAAGGUAAGAACCGAACCACAGUUCGCCAAGCUCUUCUCUGAAGCUGGAUUCGCCAGUUACACCAUUACCCCAGUUUGCGGCCUGCGAGUCCUCAUUGAACUCUAUCCUUAG